UAAAUUGUGUGAACAGGAGGACUAGAGAUGAAGAAGGAAAAGGUGCCUAAAAGCAAAGAUAAAAAAAAGCAGAAAACAGUUUGGGAAGACACAAGAAAUGAAGAGGACGAAGCAACUAGUACAGAUCAGAAAAUGCAGGAAACAAGAUCUGAAGAGGAGGAAAAAGAAAAGGUUAAGUUGUGGCAGAAAACAUGUUUGGAUGUGAUGCAGAAAGAAGAGGUGUUGAAAACUCUUCAGCUGUUAUUGAAGUCGGUGAAUAGAGACAAAAAGAAAGCUCUGUUGUCUGAUGAUAAAGAGGAAAUACAACUACAGUUUGCUGUGAAAAAGAUUCCAAGUGUCAAAAACAAAAUUAUUAAGCUGAGGUUACCACAUUCAGUAUGGAGACCAGAACAGGAGGUCUGCCUUUUUGUAAAGGACCUUAAUAAGUCCUCAAGGGAACAUGAAGUGACAGAACGACACUUUAAAGAUCUUUUGUCAUCAAAAGGCAUCAGUUGCAUAACUCAGGUUAUACCUUUAAAGUGCCUGAAGCUGGAGUACAAACCUUUUGAGGCAAAGCGAAAUCUUGCCAAUAUGUUUGACCUGUUUGUAUCAGAUGAAAGGAUCAUGCGCCUGUUACCUUCAUUGCUGGGAAAAAACUUCUACGGAAAAAGGAAGCAUCCAAUUCAGGUUAAUCUGAAAGCAGCAAACUUAAAAGAGGAGAUAGAAAAGGUUGUGUACGACAGCAGAUGUAUCAUUUCUGGAAUGGGAGCAUCAAGUGCAGCAACCGUAGGAUACUCCGAUAUGUCUGUCGAGAAAUUGGCUGACAAUGUCAUGAAAGCUGUGGAGUCCAUAUGUGCAGCUCUGCCUGGAGGACCUGCCAACAUACAGAGUGUGUAUGUGCGCACAGGAAAAUCCCUUGCUCUUCCUCUCUUUGCCACAUUCAGUUCAAAACAGGAAGUAAAACUUCCUAAGAAGCCAAAAAAACCGGAGCCUGUGGUUGGAGAGCUUAGCACCCUUAUGAAUGGCCAUGUACUAAUUACAAACAUGGGUGACAUCAAAGUAGGAAAGAUGGAUGAGGAUGGAAAAUUUAUGAACAUGAGACAGAAAGUUGCACCUCCGAGAACGACCAAACGAAAGAUAGAUGAGGAGUCGGAUGAUGAAAUGCAUUUUGAAGAAGUUAAAAGUAAAAAGAUAAAGAAAAACUUUGAACACAAGGAAAAUAAAACACCUGGAGAUAUAAAAGGAAAUGACAGUGUAUCUCCUGAAUUCAUACCAGAAGUGGGGGAAAAUGUGGAAACUGAAGCCACAUCAGUAACAGAGGGAAGUGUGUCAUCAAAACCAGAAAAAAGAAAAAAUGUAUCAACUAAAACUAAAUUGAGAAAAGGAAAAAAUGCAUCACCUAAAACCAAACCAGAGAAGAAGAAAAAGUUGUCAACAAAUGAAGGAGGAAAGUUAAUGAUGAAAAAAACUAAAAGUAUGAAGAACAAGAAGAGUAAAUCUGUAACAACAUGAACGUUUUGUUCACUAGCUGGGUAAUUUUGUUAACAAGGAUAUGCACAGGAAGGUUCAACUGAGAAUAUGAACUCAAAAUAGUGAUGCACGAAUCCAGUAACUGACAGGUUUUCAACCAGAUAGAGUGAAAAGAAAUGUUAACAAUUUUAUGAAUAACCUGGUCAUUUUUUUAACAUUUCUAGUAUAUGUAAGAGUGUUUCCGACAGCUGGAUUGUAAUUUUAGGUUACAUGAGAGUCAGUGGCUGGAUUACAUUUUUACGUUUCUUGAUAAUCAAGUUGCCUAUUUCAUUUAGACUUUGUAAUGUUUCUUUUAAACUCAAGUUCUGCUGUUAAAAGGGACUCCACUGAAAUUCCAUCAAAUACCAUAUUUUCUUACUAGGUUUUAUUGGAUUGUUAUAUUUUACAGGUAGGUUUAAAAAUUUAAUUGUUUUAGUUUCGAUAAAUUGAUUUCAGUAAAUCUUCAAAGAAAUUAUCUGAUGUAUUGUUUACUUAAUAUGUCUAUUUUGAAAAAAAUAAAGUAUUCAAAUUUUAAAAUCCAGUUAUGUACACCUUGUAUAUACUGCUAACAUACACAUUUAA